AUGUCAAAUCGUGCUACGCCUUUGAGGGGACUAUCUGUCGGAAUUGGUCUCCCGGGACCACGGGGUCCGAAGGGAGACCCGGGAUCGGGUUCGGGUACCCCGGGGGCCCCGGGGCUGCCUGGACCGCCCGGGAGACAAGGAGCUCCGGGUCUGACCGGUGAGAAGGGUUUUCGCGGAGACAGAGGUGCUCCCGGACUCUCCGGUCUGAAGGGGCAGAAAGGUGAACCCGGCUUGGGUACCGGAGGAUUCAAUCCGUCAGCACAGGUUGGGCCACGAGGUUUCCCUGGCCCCCCUGGACCGACGGGUCCACCUGGACUGAAGGGUAACCAGGGGUUUGUUGGACCGGAGGGACCACCUGGACCGGAGGGGCCGCCUGGACCGUACGGACGGCCCGGUCCAGCUGGACCUGCCGGCAGACCUGGACUGGCAACUUCAGCUGACGGGGCCCGGGAGUUCGUACCUGAAGAAGUUGCCCAAGAAGUCUGCGAUCUGUAUCAGAAGUUUGACUUCUUGGAACUCGCUGUUCUGCAACCAACGGGAAAAACUACAACAUCAAAGGAAAGCCUACCUGUAAGGACUGCACGUACCGAACCCAUCCCUCCGGCACAACCCACCAUCUGCACAGCGAAAAAUGUGAAAAAGGUCUGCGGUCAGUGCGAGUCUGUAAAGGGUCAGCAGGUGUGCAGAAUCUGCCGUGCCAGAGGAGGGACCUCUGGCAGGUCAUGUAGGUACUGCAAGAAGUGUCACCAGUGCCGAGACUGCAAGAAGGCCCUGAAGACCUACAAGGAACGCGCCAUCGAGCCGAGAGAAGCGCCCGAAUUUUGUCGGCUGUUGUAAAUCUUUAAUAAGUGAUCACCAAUGAUAUCAAAAUGCAAAAAUAUGCAACCACAGGUCUACUUGCAAAAUCUUUAAGCGAAAAGUGUUGAAAUCUUUAUAUAUAAAAUAUUUUACCAGUGUUAGACCCGGUGCAUUAUAAUAAUGCUCGAUUCAUUAUUAGUACAUUAUCCUACGCAGAGCAGAACUUGCAUCAUAUCCGUUAGUCCUUGGUUUCUUCUCUGCUCUAUCAGUCAAUAUUUGUCACUUUUUGUGAUAGUCCGCGAAACAUAAAGAAAACGGUAUCAAAUAGAAAGCCCGAUAAAAACGCAUGAAUACGUAAAAAAAAGCCGAAUCGCUGAAUGCUUGGAGAGUAACUUUUGAGGGCAUGGCCACAAAAGAACUGUCAGCCAAUCUGAUAAUUGCUUAUAAAUGUUUUCCUUGGAUAAAGCUGAUUGGCCUGAAAAGUGUACAAUUACAUUUUGUAAGACGGCCAAAAAAGUAAUAAAAAAAACAAAAACAUUGCUGGUAGGACAGAGGCGAAACCAAGAACAAAUGCGAAAGUCGCUGUACUUUCAUUGUGUCAACAAAUUUUUUCAUAUUUAUAUAUAGGUGUAUCAUCCCUACGUAAGAAACCCAGUACCUCUUAUCAUCUUGCCAUUAAACAAGACAGUCACAAAAAGUAAAUUCAAAUAUCCCAGGAACUAUAUAUCAUCUGAUGUAUCAUACAUGGUUUGUAAACUUAUCUUUUUGUGAUUACCUUUUAUUUUAUAAUUAGUUAGUUGUGUUAUUAACGUUACCUAGCAUUUACUUGCAUUUAUUAGAAAAGUGCACAUAUAGUUUCUGAAGGCAAUACCUAUAGUAGCAGUUACAUGUAUUUGAUGCUGUUAUUCGGCAUAGAAGGGUAAAUACGAUUUUUCUUUAUAAUACAUCCAUGGACCAAGGAUACUCAGUAUAGUUUAACGUGUUAUACCUCACUACAAUCAGCAAGAAGUAGAUUAUGAUCUCAAAUAAUUUUUGUUAGUUUUGUUUGUGAA